AUGGCGACUCCAACAAGCGUUGUUGAGACCACACUCGGUCUAACAUCGGCCAUGAUUGAUGAGACAGCUGAUGCUUUGGGGAUCGGUGAGAAUCAGAAAGAUGUGCAGGCCAUGACCUUCACCCUGGAACAGUGGACUAACAACCAGAAGAUCCGAGAAGCAGUGGCGUACAUUCGGCUUGAUGCCAAGAAGAUCGUGGAGCAGUUCUUUAAGAAGGCUGAAGAAAACCCAAUAGGUGCAGCUGACAAACCCAUAACCAUUAGGAAUGUCUCUCUAUAUGAGAAGAACGCUGCAAACACAGACCUAAUGCUCUUCCUGAACGUGUUCCUGGAGAGAGGGAACAAUCUCCAAAAAGCCCUACUGCGAUGUGAUGACACCAUCGCUCCUGUGCUCCGCAGGAAGGCUAAUGCUUAUGGAAUUGUUUUGGAGAGAACUAAGACAAAACCAUCCUGGGGACGAGACAUCUUACGUUGGCUCGCCUCAAUAUGUGUAGCUGUGCAGUGCACAGGCAUUUGCGCACUGCACAGCUACACAUAUUGA